AUGUCACGGUCGCAGGUUUCAAUAGGCGCUGGCCCUGCUGAUGAAGAUGGCGGUUGUUGCAAGUUAUCAGAUGCGACAGGCAAGUCACGAUCGCAGGUUUCAAUAGGCUCUGGCGCUGCUGAUGAAGAUGACGGUUGUUGCAAGUUAACAGACGCGACAGGCAAGUCACUGUCGCAGGUUUCAAUAGGCUCUGGUGCUGCUGAUGAAGAUGACGGUUGUGACGCCCAUGAACAGGAUGGUUGCUGCAAGUUAACAUAG